AUGUGGACAGAAGGUGACUUUCCUCCCCAAGGGCCUCCUCAGCUUGAAAGUGUGACUGAACCUGGAGAAAAUGGCACCUACAUGUACCACGGCACAACCAAAGCUGCUGCUGCUGCCAUCCAGCGUGAGGGCUUCAGGCAGUCCAAAGAUGGCAUGCUGGGAAAAGGUGUCUACCUCAGCCGAGAUCUGCAGAAGGCGAGCAGAUAUCCUCUGGAUCACCCUGAAUAUGACAGGGCUGUUGUGAAGGUGCGGGUGAAUGUGGGCAGGGUGAUUGCGAUCAACUACCAGGGCCAUCCCCAGCAGAAGACCUGGCAUGACUAUGGCUUUGACACGGCCUGGGUUCCCCCUAACUGUGGCAUGGUGCAGAGCGGGCUGGAGGAGGACUGUGUGUGGGAUCCAAAGAGAAUUCAAGUCAUCAACAUCAUUUACCCAAUGUUGGGCCAGCAAGGGAGUAUACCACAAGACCCCCUGGAUGAUAAAGGAGUCUAUACAAUGUACCACGGCACUUCCAAAGAAGCUGCAAAAGGCAUUCUGAUGUCCGGCUUCAGGCAGUCCAGCGGGGGUAUGCUGGGGAGAGGAGUCUACCUCAGCAGGGAUUUGCAGAAGGCCAGCAGGUACCCUCUGGAGCUUCCUGAAUCGCAGCGAGUGAUCAUCAAAGUCAUAGUAAGAGUUGGGAGGGUGAAAAAAAUCGACUGCCAGGGCCACCCCCUGCAGAAGACCUGCACAAAGGACAACCGAGCCGACGAAGCGUCCAGAGGGCUGAGGGUCCGGCCUUUCAUCGAUCACAACAGGUGGAUACAGGCUCCAAGUCUGUUGCGUCUUCCAGAACAGGACUGGCCUUGUGACGUGGUGGACACUUUGAUCAAGUUGGACGACCCAGAGGUCAAGAAGGAAGCUGUAGUGAAUGAAGUCAACGUAAAUGCGUCCUCUGACAGCACCAGCUAUCUUAUUAGCUACAUCUCAGACUGGAGGAAACUGAAAGUAAAAUUAGCCUGGCUCCUGAGGCUGAGGAAGCUACUUCUGUACAGGGCUCGCAGAAGGAAGGUGCCAGAUGCUGCCAGCAGCACACAGGAUUCUACUGAACCCAAAGGAAGCUUGACUGUCGAGAAGCUUGACUGUUUGAGGCUGAGACCGCUAAUUCGCUUCUGUCAGCGACAAAGGUUUGAAGAAGAAAUAGCCAUCUUGUCUGCAAGGAAGACGGUCAGCAAGAAAAAUGUGCUCUACAAGCUGGACCCACGACUGGAGGACGGGAUGUGGGCAGAAGAUGAUUUUGUUCCAUUCGAUUCACCUCGCCUUCAAAGCGUUGAUCGACCCGAUGAUGAUAAAACCUACACCGUGUACCAUGGCACGUCCAGAGAAGCCGCAGCAUCCAUUCUGAGGACAUGGUUUAAGCAGUCCAGCGGCGGUAUGCUGGGGAGAGGAGUCUACCUCAGCCGGGACCUGAAGAAGGCCAGCAAGUACCCUCUGAAUCUAUUCUGGUGCCAAAAGGUUAUCCUGAAAGUGUCUGUGUCUGUCGGAAAAGUGAAGAAGAUUAACUAUAAGUACCACCCCAUGCAGUACUCCUGGCAUACUAAGUACGGCUACGACACAGCCUGGGUGCCCCCUAACUGUGGUGUGGUGAAGAGCGGGCUAGAGGAGGAUUGUGUGUGGGAUCCUGACAGAAUUAAAAUAGUUGACGUCAUAUAUCCUAGUAAUUGUGCCAUCUUCUGCAUGGUCGCAACAGCAGCCAUCUUCCUGAUAGGAGCUGCAGUCAUCUUGCUUUUUCCUGAAGAAAUAAAAAGUGCUUGGAUCUAG